AUGGCGACUCAAAGAGCAGUGAUCAUUGAUGGUCCUGGAGUGGCUAAGGUAGUUUCGGAUCGUGGCAUUGCACCACUAAGGCCUGACUUUAUGCUGGUAAAAGUCAAAGCCGUCGCUCUCAACCCUACGGACUGGAGGGCCGCAGACUGGAAGCCCCUGGACGGGGGGCCAGACACGAAAGGAUGUGGACUCGGUGUGGAUUACGCUGGUGUCGUGGAGAGAGUGGCUGAUGGAGACAGCACCAAGAAAUGGAAGAAAGGGGAUCGUGUUGCAGGAUCCGUACACGGAGGAAACCCCGGUUUCCAUGCUGAUGGGACUUUCGCUGAAUGGACCGUUAGUCGCACCGGUGUGGCCCUUAGGUUACCCGACUCAGUGUCCUUUGAAGAAGGCUCAACCUUAGGUGCUGGACUUAUAUCCUGUGGCCAGAGCUUGUAUCAGCAACUGGGUCUCCCGCUUCCGAACAACCCUACAUCGGCACCUCUAGCGGUGCUUAUCUAUGGUGCCAGUACAGCCACUGGUACUCUUGCCGUUCAACUAGCUAAGCUGUCCGGCCUCCGGGUGCUCGCAACUUGCUCACCCAGCAACUUUGAGCUCGUCAGAUCACGGGGAGCUGACAUGGUCUUCGACUAUAACAGCCCAAGUGCCGUUCAAGAUAUCAAGACCGCCACCGAUGACCAACUAGGUCUAAUCUUCGAUUGCGUUGGCGAGAAGAAUUCUCCAAGUUUCUGCUUUGACGCCAUGGGCAAGUCUGGCGGAAAAUAUUCUUCCCUGCUACCCCCGACUACAGAAUGUCCGAGGAAGGACAUCGCUGUAUCCAUGGUAUUCGCAUACACUGCUUACGGAGAGGCCUUCGCAAAGUUUGGACACGAAUUUCCCGCGAAAAUGGAGGACUAUGUGUACGCAUCCAGAUUUUUCGACAUCUGCGAGGUACUACUAGCGGAAGGAAAAUUGAAGCCGCACCCGGUCGCACGUGAACCGAACGGGUUGGACGGAAUUUUGGACGGAUUGCACAAGCUGAGAGAAGGGCAAGUCAGUGGGAAAAAGCUUGUUUACUUAGUUUAG